CCAUUCGACUUGGCCAUGUGGUGGCGUAAGUGGCUCAAGACUUUGUGGAAUGAUGUCCACGGUCAAACACAAGUAUAUGUCAUGUGUCCUUUAAAUUCUGCGUUUCUUCCACUCGGUUUGAUGAAGUGCCAAUUCGAUCAACUUGUUAAAGUUGGAGUUGAAGGAAUUAUGUUGGACGUCUGGUGGUCCUUAUGUGAACCCACUCCUGGUUGUUAUGACUUUUCUAGUUAUCGUCCUAUAUUCCAGUUGGCUAUAGAAAGAGGUUUGAAAAUUCAAGCAGUUUUGUCGUUUCAUACUUGUGGUGAGUCAGAAGGUGAUGAAGUGGUGAUUUCUUUGCCUCCCUUUGUAAGACAGUUAACAACAGAGCACGAGUUUAUCUUUUAUACGGAUGAAGAUGGCCAAAAGAGUUUUGAGUGCCUAUCACUUAGUGCUGAUCACGCUAAAGUUUUUCCGUGUAAGGAAGGAAUACGUCUUAGAACUGCUUUAGACAUGUAUGAAGACUUCAUGAGAGCCUUUUAUUUACAAUUCUCCGAUUGGUUGGGCAAUCAUAUCGUUCAAAUACAGAUUAGUAUGGGACCUUCUGGUGAAUUACGGUAUCCUUCCUUUGCAUUGUCUCAUUGGAGGUUUCCAGGGAUGGGAGCCUUUCAAUGUUAUGACCAACUUAUGCAACAAGACUAUGUACAUCAUAUUGCUUCCAAUGAUACUACACAACAACAAAACGGUCGUCCACUAUUUCCUUGUUAUAAAACUUGUGGAACGGGUUACAAUGCGUUGCCAUGGCAAACACUUUUCUUCUCAGAAUCCAAAGGAAUUGCUAAAACGACGGCAGGAAAAACAUUUCUGGAAUGGUAUUCCAACAAGUUGUUAUCACAUGGUGAAAAUAUAAUGGCAAGAGCGCAUCACAUAUUUCACAACAAUGUCGAUAGUCCAUGUAACAAGGUAGAAAUAGCUUGUAAGAUUGCCGGAAUUCAUUGGCUUUAUCAUACCCAAUAUCGAGCUGCAGAAGCGGUUGCUGGUUAUUAUGUUUCACGUGAUUUUCAUUUCUAUAAACAAUUGGCUCGGUUGUUGAAGAAAUAUAAUGCAACAUGGAUAUUCACCUGCUUUGAGAAACGGGAUGAAUGGGAAAAAAACUUAGCCAAGUGCUCUCCUGAGAGUUUGGUUCGAGAAACUUGGACCAUUGCUUCAAAUAGUGCCAUUUCUUAUGCGGCAGAAAAUGCAUUAGAACUGAAAAAGAGUGAAGAAUAUGAGGAAGUGAUAAGGAAAGCUGAUUGGUGUCGACGAAAAGGAUACCCUUUGUCAUCUUUUACUUUGCUACGACUUUCCGAAGAGUUGGUACAAGAACCCACUCUUAGUACCUUGGCAAAUUUUGUCAAGAACAUGGCUUAACAGAAAUGGAAAGAAUUCUAUGAAAAUGUUAAAAUUCUUUGUCCGAUGUUGCAACGAUUGCGACACCAUGUUGGACGUCUAUGGUAUCGAUACAACAGAGCACUUGCAACUCGACCUCUCCCUGUGAAAGUUGUCACAGUAAUUACCAAUUAUUAUC